UAGCCCAGGCCAUGUCGCUUUCAAAGGCACACUUCCAAUGGCACCAAUGCUUUAGGAAUGCCUUGUACUGCCUAAGGUUUUACUAUGAAAUGCACAUACGCUCUGUGAAGGUCUUACCGGAAUGUAGGCCUACACCUUUCCUUAAACUUUGAUCUUUCCACACAUAAAUCAAAUACAAUAAUGCCAUCCUUUUGGUUACUAAAUUGGACUUGACAAAGAGAAGCUUUUUUGUUUUACCCACUUUCUUUGGCCCUUGUUUGUUCUUCUCCACUGGCAAACAGAAAAGGGAGAAGAGUCCAAAUUGCAAAAUGCCCAAUUGACCAACAUUGUUGUAGCCUAGCUUUGAUGGGUAAAUGCUUGCUUUAUACCAAGAACUGAAAUAUAACAAAAUUGGGUUUUGAUGCUUAGUGCUGUGGCACACAUGUUUUCUCUCCAUUGCCCUCAUCUUGUCCAUACCCAAGCACAACGGCGUUGACUUCAGUCUGAGUGCUGUUGAUGGGUUCCAAGAGUGUGGGAGAUCGUUUUGCACAAACACACAGUCUUAAAAAGUAGUUAGCAUCUAUUCAAAAAGCUGUAGCCCCUGUACUGAGCCUGAGCCUGGUCUGCAGCCCUCGGCCUGAGGCUGGAAGGGGAUGGGGACACUGGCCCUCUGCAGCCACUACUCACAGCUGUCAUGGAAACGCAGCGUCAUAGUGGCAUUGCUACUGUUUCACCUGUGCUGCCUGCAAGUAUGGGCAUCCUGUCGCAUCUUGAGGUGCAACUCUGACUUUGUAGCUGUCACCCUGGACCUUGGGGGCAGCGGAGGGGGCGGAGGAGGAGGCAGCAGAGAGGGGGGAAAUGCGGGCUACUGCAGCGCCCUCCGCUCCUACGCCAUGUGUACCCGCCGCAUGGCCCGUGCCUGCCGGGGCGACCUGGCCUACCAUUCGGCCGUGCAGGGCAUCGAGGAUCUCCUCAUCCAGCACAGCUGCCCCAGGACAGGCCCCACCGCUCAGCCCCGGCCCCUGCCACAGGCCCCCAUCUCUGGGGACGCCUGCAUCUACGAGAAGGGCUACCUCCAGCGCGAGGGCCGGACCCCUGACUAUCUCCACUGUGGGGUAUUCGGGGAUCCCCAUGUUCGCACCUUCCGUGAUGAGUUCCAGACGUGCGCUGUACAAGGGGCCUGGCCACUGAUAGAUAAUGAGUAUCUAUACGUACAGGCAACUAGCGCCCCCAUGAGAGGAGGGGCAUAUGCCACGGCUCUCACCACGAUUACCAUCAUCUUUAAGAACUGGCGCCAGUGUAUCGAGCAGCAGAUCUACCAGGCAGAGCUGGACAACGUUCCCGCAGCCUUCGUGGACGGCUCAGUGACCAGCGGGGAGAGGCAGGGCCAGCACAGCCUGAGCGUCCACUCUGAUCUGCCUGGGCACCAGGCUGAGAUCCGUGCCGCCCACAUCGGCACCACCCUGGUGGUGCGUCAGAGUGGGCGGUCCCUGGGACUGUCAGUACGUUCGCCACGCGCCAUUGCUGAAUCAUUCACCCCCGAGCAGGACCUGCAGCUGUGUGUGUAUGGCUGCCCACCUUCACAGCGCCUAGAGACGCUACCCAGCCCCUCUUCUUCCUCUUCCCUCUCUUCCUCCUCUUCCUCCAGCCAGCCCUCUGCUGCAGCCCAUGCCCACUGUGCAGCCCUCCUCCCUGCCAGGGACAUCUACUACCAGGCCUGCCUGUUUGACCUGCUGGCCACAGGGGACCUCAACUCCAGCACGGCGGCCGUGGCGGCACUGGAAGACGCCCGGGGAAUGAUCUCUGACCCCAAUAAGGUGCAUCUGAUACUGGUGGGCAAGGCCGAUAGGAGUAGCCCAUGUCUGCCUCUGAUCCUGGCUGUGGCUGUCCUAUCAGAGCGUCUGGUGGCUCUGUGGACGGGGAAGUGUUUAUGAACUAGUGACUGGUAGGAGCUGUGGGCAUAGCAUUAGCCACACUGACUCUGACCGAGCAGAUGCUCUUUCUUCAUACUUGAUGGCCUUGUUUCAUAAACAACAGGCAUCCCAUUUGACUGGUUGGAACCCUGUGGCAUUGUGACUGGUUACAGAGGUCAAUGUUUCAAUUAUUAAUUUUCUUCCAGCAGGAGAAGCCGAUGUUGAUAGGAAUAAAUACAGGUGAGUGCUCUCAGUGAGGAUAGAAGUGAACUCUUGAAGCCUGACACUAGUUGUGUUGAUUCUAAUCCCUUAACUAUGCUGAGCCAAAUGUAUUAAGACAAGAUAUAUUAUCCGUCUCAGCACAGAGGAUGGCAUGCUGCGGCCUAUUGCGUAAUUCCACAAAUCCAGACAGUAAAUGGCAUCUUCAACUCUUUUUUUGUAUCACCUUCUGUUAUUUUCCAUUUAUUUUAUCAUGGAGGGAAGUUAGUGGUUUGUUUAUAGUAAAUAUAAUACUACAGUGGUUUCAUCCUUUGUAAAGAAACUCAUUUAUCACUAAUUUAUUACGUCAUCUUAGUGUGUCUACAUUUGGUAUGCAGUGAGUUGUAAUAACGUCUCGAUUCAUUUCAUAAGGGACUGUUUUUGAAUGUACGUUUGGUUCAUAUGUCAGUAUUUGUAAGACAAUGUUUACAAUGUAUUGUUCAUCCUGUUCAUAUUUUUACCUAGUUGCCAAAGUAAAAAAGAUAUCUUCCCAAAGUUACUCAUACCAUCUUUCUAAAGCAAUAGAGAUCAUGCAAGGAGUAAAUGACAAGAAUAUAUUGUUUUCCAAAUUAUGGAAAAUAUCUCAAAUUGCCUUCUAUGUAAUAAUGUGAUGUCUGACAAGGAUAAAACAUAUUUAUACCUACAGAUUCUAAUAUAUUUCCCUUUGUGAGUUUUAUUAAAUUUUAUAGUUUUUUUCCCAAAGACCCAAAAAUGGUCUGUAUAAUGUCCUGAGUGUGUAUUUUUGAUGAGCAACCCUAACUGGGGUUUUGUGUACUUUGAAAUGUCCAAUACAACUGCAGUAUUCCUCUGGAGGGGCUACUGAGGUAGCAUUUAGGUGAGUUGAGUUCUCCUUCGCUGUGACUGGCAGCUCUCUUCUGCCCUCUGAUGUCAGAUGUCUUCUCUGGUGUACUGCCCAGCAUUCCUGUUGUUGCUUCUGUGAUAGCUGGAAUGAGUCCAUUCUUGACCCACCUUAGCUUCGUCGAUGGAAUAGGUCAAUGUAGAAAGUGAUAGUUGGGAGGGGCAGUGGGGGUUGAUCAAAAGGGGGGGGGGGAGGGCCUCCCAGGUGGCGCAGUGGUCUAAGGCACUGCAUCGCAGUGCUAGCUGUGCCACCAGAGACUCUGGGUUCGAGCCUAGGCUCUGUCGCAGCCGGCCGCGACCGGGAGGUCCGUGGGGCGACGCACAAUUGGCCUAGCGUCAUCCGGGUUAGGCCGGUAGGGAUAUCCUUGUCUCAUCGCGCACUAGUGACUCCUGUGGCGGGCCGGGCGCAGUGCAGGCUGACCAGGUCGCUAGGUGUACGGUGUUUCCUCCGACACAUUGGUGCGGCUGGCUUCCGGGUUGGAUGCCCACUGUGUUAAGAAGCAGUGCGGCUUGGUUGGGUUGUGUUUCGGAGGACGCAUGGCUCUCGACCUUCGUCUCACCCGAGUCCGUACGGGAGUUUUAGCGAUGAGACAAGACAGUAACUACUAACAAUUGGAUACCAUGAAAUUGGGGAGAGAAAACAAAUAAAAAAAUUGUAUUGUUUUUUAUUGAUUGUAUUGGUUAUGAUGUGAUUCAAUAAAAACAAUUGUUCACAAUAAAAACACAGUGAUAAGA